AUGAAAUCCAGUAAACGAAGACUUCAAGCGCUUACAGAAGGCUCUGAUGGACUACCAAAUUACAUUAAAAUGGACGAUUCCGAAACUUCAAUUCCACCAGUACUUAGAUCUCGUUUGCAUGAUCUAUUUUCUCAAAUAGAAAAAGAGUUUGACCUUCUUUACGCUGAAAAUUUAAAUCUGCAAGAAAAGAUUGACAUUCUUAGUGAAAAACUAGAAAGGGAGAGCUAUGUAGGCGAUAGACAGAAUCAAGAUUGCAUUGAAUUUGAAACCACAGGCAAGAAUUCUAAAGUAAAAUUAACUCAAAGUAACUCUCAGAAAGUAAAAGCAAGUCAUAAACUUCGUGUGCAGACCAGUAAGAUAGUGUCCAGCUUUAAAGCGCCUACAUACAAUUGUCAACUUGUAAGAGAGUUCACUGGACACAAAGAUGGUAUCUGGGAUGUGUCUUCCGCUAGACCAGGGCAGGCACUGUUUGGAACUGCUUCUGCUGAUCACACAGCAUGUGUGUGGAGCGUUGAAUGGGGAAAGUGUCUGCUGCAAUACACAGGUCAUUCGGGAUCUGUCAACUCAAUCCGUUUUCAUCCAACAAGGGACAUAGCUCUCACCAGCAGUGGUGAUAACACUGCACAUGUUUGGCAGGCUGCUGUUAACUGGGAUCUACCGCGAGGACAGUCUUCAGAAGAGGAGCUAGAAGGCGGGGGUGAGGAGAGUCUAGGCGAAGGUGGUGAUCGACCAGAGGUGCUACGAACCCCCCUGACUGAACUCACUGGACAUAUAGGUGUGGUGGUGGCGGCCGAUUGGCUGACUGGCGGUGACCACGUGAUCACAGCCUCAUGGGACAGAACGGCCAAUUUGUAUGAUGUUGAAACUGGAGACUGCUUACAAAUUCUCACAGGUCAUGAUCAUGAAUUAACGCAUGCUUCCGCACAUCACAGCUCCCGACUUGUAGUGACUGCUUCGAGAGAUACCACUUUCCGCCUUUGGGACUUCCGUGAGCCGAUUCAUUCUGUCUCAGUGUUCCAGGGACAUACCGAAAGUGUCACAUCAGCUGUGUUCACUCGCGAGGAUAAAGUAGUGUCAGGGUCCGACGAUAGAUCUGUUAAGGUGUGGGAUGUACGUAAUAUGCGAUCAGCGUUGGCGACAAUCAGGUCUGAUUCAUCAGUGAACCGUGUGGGAGUGAGCAGUACUGGGCUGAUCGCGAUCCCACAUGACAACAGACAGGUGCGUCUGUUCGACCUGCAAGGGCAGCGGCUAGCAAGAUUGCCCAGAUCUAGUCGACAGGGUCACCGACGUAUGGUUACAUCUGUAGCAUGGGCAGAAGACUUAUCCAAUAUUAACUUCUUCAGCUGCGGUUUUGACCGUCGCAUUUUAGGCUGGUCCAUUCAGCCUUCGAAGGAGAAUUGA